AUGCAAAAUUUGAAGGUUGUCAUGAAAAAAGGCAAAUCUGAAUUCGCCAAAAAAUCGAUGCUUGAAAGCUCGUCACCUUCUCUAAACCUGGAUUCAACAAUAGAAUCUAUUGAUGAGGGGGACACUCAAAAUAAUCAAUCCUUCCGCCCUGAUGAAGAUGAAGCUCAAUCUUCAAUGGCUCAAUCUGCUUCUCAGAAUGACGACGAUUGCUCGCCACCUCUACUUGAUCAUGAUAAAACAAUGGAAUCUAUUGAUGGAAGUGACAGUGAAAGUCCGAUUUCGGUUUCGAAUGGCUCUGAAUCUCAAGGCUUUGAUGAAGAGUUAAGUCAAUCACUGAACAUGUCUGUUGAGAUCGCUUCUUCAUAUGUAAACAAUGAAAGUAUUCAUCCGAUGCACUCAUCCGAUGAUGAAGAGAUCGAAUGCCGGGAUAUAACUGAUGAGUCCGAUCCCGACUUCGAUAUUACACUUCAAGAAGGAGAGAUUUGGUUUAAUCUGCCAAGGGGGGAGCCAAACUAUCUCCAAAUUCUAGAUCAGCCAGUCAUUCCCCGUACAAUCGUCACUCGUUCAAGUCAAGCAGAAACUCGCUAUGCGCCUCCUUGUACACAAGCCGCUGUCAAUGAGGCCGGUUCUCAUAUUUGCGAGACGCUCCUUAACUCUGAAGCUCAUCCCAAUGAGUCUAUUCAAGAUAACACCGAUGUAAUGGAUCAGUUCGAUUAUACAGAAGACGAUUUCUUCUCAUUCUCUGAAGAUAUACCAAUAAUACAAGUCCAGAAACCAGCUGAGCAUGAUGAGAAUUGUAUUGAGCCGAAUGAGGAAAACACCCCUGAAGUCGAUGAAACUCCGAAUGGAGAAAAUGACAUUCAAGAUGAUGAGGAAAUCGUCACAGUUAGGAUGAAAAGAGGAGACUACAAAAAAGUCAAAAGCCUCCUCAAUUUUUUUGUUCUCGAGCAGACCAGAACGUCAACAUCGACGGGGCGGGGCAGUGGUUCGAAGAAGACUUUUAAUGAUAAACUAACGAUCUUCUUAAUUCGUUGCUUGAGUCGAGGUGUUCUUGCAUCUUCAGUUAAAGUCGUACUUGAUGAGGUUGCAAAGAUGAACCCAAUCCUAACAAGAGAUGGAGGACUCGCUGUUAAUAUUGAGGGCGAUUCUGAAUCUAACGAACUUCAUGAACGACAAGUUCCAUCGGAGAGAUACAUUCAAUUGUCAAGAGACUACCUUCCAAGUAAAAAGACUCCAAAUUUCAUCAUUUUAUUUUUAUAG